AUGGAUCUUGUGAGUAAAUCGGCUUUAUCAAGCUUAUAUAAGUCUUUGGGGUACCCUCUGUACUUUGCCGCCCGUGGGGAGGGCGUUGUAACCGAAAAGAUAUCACCUUUCCGUUCUGCUGCCAAAGUGCUCAUCUCUGGCUUGGGAGCUGAUGAGAAAGCCUACAACAGAGGCUCGUGGACAGCUCUUGCAGAAGAGAUUCAAUUAGAUAUCGAUAGAAUUCCACUUCGCAACCUCUCCAGGGACGACAGAGUGAUAUCCUCGCAGGGCCGCGAAUCCCGAUACCCAUAUUUGGACGAAAACCUCAUGGCUGUGGUCUCAGCGAUGCCCGUGUGGACAAGAUGCGACAUGCGAUUACCGCCAGGUGAAGGGGACAAACUCCUGAUCAGACUUUCGGCCCGGCACUGUGGCCUGCAUCGCACAGCUGGGCGGGUCAAGCGCGCCAUGCAGUUUGGUACCAAGAGCGCGAAACUCAAUCCUGGCAAGGGUCAGGACAAGAUUGUUAUGUAG